UGGAGGUAAACCCCACGUUUUCCCUUGACCACUGCUACAUAGGCUAACCUCAGAGAGAGAGCGAGAGAGAGAGAGAGGGUGAGAGAAAGAAAGAGAGUCCGCCGUGUCCACUCUGUCCUCAGGAGGAGAGAGCGAGGGACGAGGGUCCGUAACACUGGAGCUCAAGGAUAAACCAUGGACUCUGCACACUUCCUAUCAUACCUGGACGCUCACCAUGUUCCCUGCUAACCUCCUGGUUCUGAUGACCCUGUUGCUACCUCAAGCCUUAUCGGGUCACCAGGGGGGUUCCGCCCAGCACAAUGGUGCACUGCCCGGUCCUCCAGACUCCAGUUUGGCCCAGACUAUUCAGAACCUACUGCUCAACCGACUGGGCUUGCACUCCCACCCCAACCCUCAGUCCGGCGCCCCAGUUCCCCAGUAUCUGCUGGACCUGUACCGCUUUCACUCCGAGCAGUAUCACCUGAUUGAGGAUCCAGACUUCAGCUUUCCCACUGAGCAUGUGCAAGGGGCCAACACUAUACGCAGCUUUCACCACAUAGAGGCCACAGGUCCGUCGGCCCCUCCAGAGAAAAGGCGAGCAUCUGACAGAGUCCACAUCUUGUUCAAUGUGUCUUCCAUCCCCAAGGAUGAGACUGUGGUGUCUGCAGAGCUACGUUUUAUGCUAGGGGAAGCUGGCAGAGGCUUGGUACCCCACAUGGUCCACCUCUACCAUUCUGAGGAUCCCAGUAAGCUGGAACACAAGCUACUGCAGUCACGACGUCUCACAAAGGACAGUUACACCUGGGAAGUGUUUCCCCUAGGAGGGGAGCUGUUUCUUAAGGCAGCUGAUCAAACAGGGAGCCUGUCAUUCAUCCUGGAGGUGACCCCAGAGAAUGUCAGCCAUCCCAUGGAGGCAGUGGACACAGAUGGACACCUGAGGGUGCGAAGGUCAGCUGGACAGGAUGAGGCCAGCUGGGCUCGGCAGAGACCCCUGCUGGUGACAUACAGCCAUGACGGACGUAGCGAGCCUUUCGUAGCUCUUGGCAAGAGAAUCCCCGUAGGACGAAAGGGAAAAGGGAGGCAGGGUAGGGGCAGAAGCAGGGGCAGGGAAGGUAGGGCCUGGAAUGGAGAGGAAAACUGGGCAGAGGGGUGGAACGAGAGGAGAGUGAAGCGAAAUGGUGGGAGAGCAGCCAAGCUCAAAAGGCUCUCGAGGGCCAGAUGUCGUCGCCACCCACUCUACGUUGAUUUCAAAGACGUGGGCUGGAAUAAGUGGAUCGUGGCUCCCACUGGCUACCAUGCCUUCUUCUGCCUGGGCGAGUGCCGAUUCCCCCUGUCUGACCAUAUGAACUCCUCCAGUCAUGCCAUGGUACAGACACUGGUGAACUCAGUGAACGGCGCGGUGCCACGGCCUUGCUGUGUUCCCACCUCCCUCAGUCCCAUUGCCAUGCUUUACUUGGAUCAGAAUGACCGGGUGGUGCUGAAAAACUACCAAGACAUGGUAGUGGAGGGCUGCGGUUGCCGGUAGCAAGGCACAGAGAGAGCGAGAGAGAGAAGUAGAAAUACUGGAACAGUGAGGGAGACAAAGAGGGGUAAAGGUAAUUGAGAAGACGAAACCGAUGUCAAAUGGUGAAACAGAAGGUUUGAACAGAUGAAGAACUGUCUCAUCAUGUCUCGAAGCUUUUAUUGAAACUGCAGAGUCUUCAAGCAUGAAUCCUUUCCCAUGAUCCCCUUGGGCCACCGGCUUUUUGCUCCGUGUGAAGCUACAUAUCUGUGUGUACGGCAGCAUCGUGCAGCUUUCUCUUCUCACUCUGAUUAACAAGCCCUCCAAAAACGGUUUUGUGUGAAUCACUUACACAGCAGUUGCCUGCGCCCCACCUCACGCCCACGUAUUGUGUCAGUGUUGCUGUGUGUCUCUUCCGUGUUCUGUCUCGCCUCCCUCGCCGUCAUCACGUCACUGCUGCUCCGCAGGAUUCCACUGAAGAGUUUCACUGAUUAAAAAAAAAAAACGAGAGACUUAGGUCUUUAAAGACUUUAACCAGAGUAGAAGCUAUUUGUACUGUACAUGUCUUCCUGAGGACAGUGCAUAUUAUCUCUCUACACUGCAGCUGAUAAUGCUUUGAAUCAGAUAUUUAAAAACACACACACACACACACACAGACAUACACACACACAUCAAUAAUGCUGAGAACCUAUUAUAGCUAUUGUU